CACAGGUGGGUGCACUGCUGGGCACAGGUAGGCGCAUUGCUGGGCACAGGUGGGCUCAUUGCUGGGCACAGGUGGGCGCAUUGCUGGGCACAGGUGGGCGCAUUGCUGGGCACAGGUGGGCGCACUGCUGGGCACAGGUGGGUGCAUUGCUGGGCACAGGUGGGUGGAACUUGUAUGUGGCAUUGCUGGGCACCGAUCAUCAGGGCACUGGUGAUCAGUGCCCUGAUGAUCGGUGCUGAUCCCCGCUCUGACAACUGCCAGUUUUCGGCAGUACUUUCCUCACGAUCUGACAGCGUGAGGAAAGUGCAGCCGAGAACCGGCAUUUGC